CCGGAGGCGGUGCCCGGGUUGCGGUGAGGGAAGUGGGUCGGGAGGAGAGAUGGGCUGUGAAGAGGCCCGGCUCUGCCGGGGAGGCGGGCGGAUCCGUGGCGGUGAUCAGAAGGGGCCGGAAGGGGGUGGCCGCUGGUCGGGCCCCGCCCUGGGGCCGCCUCCCCGCGGGUUCCGUUGGCUGUGGCGGCAGCUGACGCUUGCGGCGGCGGUGGCUCGGGGUGGGCGUAAGAUGGCGACAGCAGCGCAGGGACCCCUAAGCUUGCUGUGGGGCUGGCUGUGGAGCGAGCGCUUCUGGCUACCCCAGAACGUGAGCUGGGCUGAUCUGGAGGGGCCGGCCGACGGCUACGGCUACCCGCGCGGCCGGCACAUCCUCUCGGUGUUCCCGCUGGCGGCGGGCAUCUUCUUCGUGAGGCUGCUCUUCGAGAGGUUUAUUGCCAAACCCUGUGCACUCCAUAUUGGCAUCGAGGACAGUGGUCCUUAUCAGGCCCAACCCAAUGCCAUCCUUGAAAAGGUGUUCGUAUCUAUCACCAAGUAUCCUGAUAAGAAAAGGCUGGAGGGCCUGUCAAAGCAGCUGGAUUGGAAUGUCCGAAAAAUCCAAUGCUGGUUUCGCCAUAGGAGGAAUCAGGACAAGCCCCCAACGCUCACUAAAUUCUGUGAAAGCAUGUGGAGAUUCACAUUUUAUUUAUGUAUAUUCUGCUAUGGAAUUAGAUUUCUCUGGUCGUCACCUUGGUUCUGGGACAUCCGACAGUGCUGGCAUAACUAUCCAUUUCAGCCUCUUUCAAGUGGGCUUUAUUACUAUUAUAUCAUGGAAUUGGCCUUCUAUUGGUCCCUUAUGUUUUCUCAGUUUACAGACAUUAAAAGAAAGGACUUCCUGAUCAUGUUUGUGCAUCACUUGGUCACCAUUGGGCUUAUCUCCUUCUCCUACAUCAACAACAUGGUUCGAGCAGGAACUCUGAUCAUGUGUCUACAUGAUGUCUCAGACUUCUUGCUGGAGGCAGCCAAGCUGGCCAAUUAUGCCAAGUAUCAGCGGCUCUGUGACACCCUUUUUGUUAUCUUCAGUGCUGUUUUUAUGGUUACACGUCUAGGAAUCUAUCCAUUCUGUUUUUCUGUUCUAUUCUAUUCUAUUUUUGCCAAUAGAACACAAGAACCCUAUUGCCCUGCUUUUACCUUGGCCUGUGCUGACCUUUUAUGGACUCUCAUAGGACCUCUGCUGCCACACACCGUAUUUCUAGCAAGGUCGGAUCCAGACUCAGAGUACCCGACUCGGUUGGCUUCUGGUUUUUUUGACUCAUCUCUGAGGAACAGUCCUAAUUUUAUGCCUAAGAUUCUGAACACGACCCUCUUUGAGAGCUGGGAGAUAAUCGGGCCUUAUGCUUCAUGGUGGCUCCUCAAUGGCCUGCUGCUGACCCUACAGGUUCUGCAUGUCAUCUGGUCCUACCUAAUUGCACGGAUUGCUUUGAAAGCCUUGAUCAGGGGAAAGGUAUCUAAGGAUGAUCGCAGUGAUGUGGAGAGCAGCUCAGAGGAAGAAGAUGUGACCACCUGCACAAAAAGUCCCUGUGACAGUAGCUCCAGCAAUGGUGCCAAUCGGGUGAAUGGUCAUAUGGGAGGCAGCUACUGGGCUGAAGAGUAAGGUGGUUGCUGUGGGGACUUCAGUACACAUGGACUUGUAGGGUCACUGGCAACAUACUCCUCUUGGCCCUUCCCAUAUCUACUCUUCUGUGACUAGGGGACUGCAAGGCACUGAGGAGUAUCAAAGAAGCAAAUAUUUUCACUUUGAAAGAAAACGCUGCCGUUUUGUAUUUAAUAGCCUCCAAGUUCUUUCAGUAAUGUUAUUUGCUCUGUGUGUUUUUGUGUGUUUGUUCAUGUGCAUUUGUGCAUAUGCGUGAGUUUCAUUGCUGGGGUUGGGGCACAAUUCUGGACUGGAGCCAUGAGGCCUUCCCUAGUCCCCUUUGAACCCACCUUAGUUCCACAUUUGGCUGCAUCUUGAAUUAUACCGACUCCAGACUGUCUCCUCCCUUUUUGCCCUUGGCUCUUGAGGCUCUAAACCCCUGGACCAUCUGAAUGGAGCAGCCAAGUUCAGUCCCAGAUUUCUGCACUGUUCCUCUUUCACAGCUAGAAUACGUUGCAUGAUGAAGUUGUAUAGAAACAGAACCAUGGAUGGAUGGCCAGGAUUACCGUGGUCCCUAGCUAGAUCCCCUUCCUAUCACCUGAUAGCAACAGGGACAGCUGCCAAUACCCUACUCUUUACUCAAUGGUACCCAGGGAGGGGGCAUGGGAAGAGGGUGAGCUGAGGGCUGGAGGAGGACAACAGCCACUGGGUGAGCUGUUCACGGUCUUGUACUAUUGUUUACUCUGUGAUUAAAAGUACUUCAAUCCA